UUUUUUUUUCUUUCACCUUUGCUUUCUUAUAAACAUUUACUACACAUAUCUAUCUAUACAUCUUUUUUUUUCUUUUACCCUAUAAACAUUAAUUUUAAAUGAAUUUUAAUGCUAAUAUAAAUCCUGUUACAUGUCAAAGAUCGUAUUCAUUUUUAACUCGACAGAAUACAGAAGAGUGGAAAGUAUCACAAAAUAACACACCAUCAUCAACAAUAAGUAGAAUACAGAAAAGGAAACCAUUACCUGCAGUACCUACUGCUGUUUCUUUAUUUCAACCACAGAAUAUCGAUAAUAACUACUAUACUAUGCCGGAUCCUAUUUUACAAAAUUCCCAUUAUAGCUUUUGUCAGCCCUUAAUUGUCAACAAUAAUGCAGUAGUAGAACCUCAACCUCUUGAUUAUACUACUACUACUACUACACCUACUAUGUUUCCGAAUGAUACAAUUGAUCUUGAUCAUAGCGUAAUAGAAGAACAACCUGUUUCACAAGAAAUGGAUUCAUCAGCAACUAUUAAAAAAUCAGAUAAAAGUAUACGACAGAUUAGAGUAAAGUCAAUCAAUAAUGACUACCUUGUUUGGAUUUCAGUUGAGCCAAAGGAAACUGGGGAAUCAUUAGCUGAAAAGGUUCAUACAAUUGCGACAUUCAGUACAAGAAAGAUAAUAUCUGUUACAACAGCUUCAGGUCGAAAUAUUCCCUUGAAUAAAUCACCUGUUUUUAGGAAUUGGGAAGAUUUGGAAGAAUUUGAAGAUGGUGAAAUAUGGUCUGUUACAUGGGGACCAUUAAAAAAAUCAAUGAUGGAUAAAAUAUUAUCAAAGUUUAUUGAAACAUAAUAAUUUUCUUCUCAAGUCUUACUAUCGUUUGUAUUCUCGUCUCGCUUUCCUUCUCUUCUCUUCUCUUCUCUUUUCUCUUCCCCCCUUAUUUUUGUAUUAUUCUAACAUGGCUACACAAACGGCUUUGCAUGUUGUUAUUAUUAUUUAAAAUAUACACACACACAUAUAUAUAUAUAUCCUUAAUACAGAUUCUUCAUAUUAAAAUAAUAGCCGAAAG